AUGACUCUUCACUCUGGCUCAACUCGUCGACACGGCCAAGGCGCAAUCGCCACUCGACCGAUACAGCCAGGACAGCUCGUACACUAUGAAGAGCCGCUGGUCAUUCAGGAAGACGUGCGCAACAGCCAGUCCAUCCUCUCCAACCUUUGCGCGCACCCGACCGCAUUCACACAGGCAUAUCUCAACUUGCACAAUGCCUUUGUCGAGUCUCUCCCCGAAGAUCCCAUCUUGGCUAUCUUCAACUCGAACUGCUUGCCCUUGGCUCCGGUCGAGCCAGUCUCGCGCUCUCUCUCUGAUGAGAACGGACGCAUCCUCGCCCAUGGCGUGUUCCUCCAGCUCUCGCGCUUCAACAACUCGUGCACGCCAAAUGCAUCCAUCACCUGGGACGAAAGGCGCGGGCGGAUGACCGUGCAUGCCCUUGAACCCAUCCGCGCUGGUGAUGAACUCACGAUUUGCUACGGUCAGCCCUUGUUCGCCGUACGCAACGAGAGACGUGAAUACCUACGACAUUUACGAAACUUUACGUGCACUUGUGCGUGCUGCGAACGCGAGGAUGGUGACGAAGAAGCAAGAAAGGCCAGUGACGCACGAAGAACCGAACUAUGCCGUCUGUUCAAAGCUGUCCCUUUCCUUGGACACGAUGCUCCUGCUGGUAUCCGAGCGCGUACGCCCCCGCUGCUAGACGACGAUUCACUCUCGUCAGGCUCUGCUCCAUCAACGCCAAACCGGUUCUCUACUCCAGAGCCAUUUGAUCCAAACGUGUUGCGCGCCCGACUGCUCAGCGCCGCCGCGGAGGCGGCCGCCGUUCAACAACAACGCUCGUCUGUGGUUGACAGGCACGUGCUGGAUACAGAAAUGCGUGUGGGGAAUGGAACGCGCGCCGAAACGGGUCUUGUCAUGGGAGGUCAGAACCAGAACCAUGAUCAUCACCACCACGUCGUCCCUCACUCGCACGCAUACGCGUUUGAUGCCCGAUUCAGUAACAAUACCGCCCACGAACAAGCAGCAGUCCUCCCACCCUUGAUUCUCCAGCAGCGACAAGAGCUUCUCCUCGUCCAGCUCCAGCAACGGCCUGGCAUGCCGCCCAUUCAGAAGAAACGUAAACGAACUGAAUCAAGCAUGUCGUCCUCCCUGGCUUCAUACUCCUCGGCGGCAGCGAAUAGCACAAACGCCAAACUGUCGGUUGUCAGCUCCCAGCAUCACCAGCAAUCGAGCCGAUUUCAUUCGCAUUCUGCUCGACAGGCGCCAUACGCUCGACCAAGCGCGCUUAACCAAACCCGGCCAUCGACCAUGCUAGCGAGUGACGUUGAAAUGGACCUGGCCGACGACGACGACAAGGAGCGAGAGGAGGAACAGCACGGUUGCAACGCACGGUUGUGCCUCAACUGUCUCGUGCAGACAGCAGACGGAUAG